CCAAUUCUUCUUUUCAUUCAGUCACUUAUUCUCGUGUACUAUCCUUGAUGGAUUUUUAUAUAAGUUCAUUGAAUGAAAAAAAACGUGUUAUUUGUUUAGCAGGAUUCUGGUGUUUAUUUCUAAACAUUUUCUACCUUUUUGCGCAUGCAACUAGAUACUGCAUUUAAGCCAAAUGGUUGCCGCAAAUACGGGACCGACGUGGAUUGUAACUAAAAAGUAAAUAUUCGGCCCAAAUUAUUUGAUACUGAGCUGACCGGUGUUAUUUAAACUAAUCAUCCCUUCUGCCAUGAUUUUACCCUGACAGGGUUUUCUUCCCAAGUCGCAGUCUUGUGUUCUAACCUCCAUUUCUGUUCGCUCCUCCCUUGGCUGAUCAGAGACCACAUGAUGCUACGUGAAAAGUGAUUAACUGCUGUUUAAAUUGAUAUAAAUGCAACUUUACACCUGGUAGAACGACUGCCUGACUUUUUGGCUGCAAGAACAAGGCAAUCUCCCGUUUUAAUCAGAUAUACAUUUACCCAUGCCCCCAAUUUCAUUUCUUUUCUACUUUUAACAGUGCAUUUUAUUUUGUUAACCCCCAAGCGAUACUUUGGUGAAUAGCUGAGUUUUAAUUUGUUUAUCCAAUUUCGCCCAGCCUUGGGCUUAGAGGUGAUUAGAAAAGAAAAACUUGCAGUGAAGUUACGCAACCAAGACUCGCGCCAAUAUGGCUACCGGAGUGUUUAAAUUAAUCAACGAAGGCAAAAAAAUUGCCAACGACUCUGCGGCCACUGUAAAACGGAGGCUCAGUAAUUCAUCCCAGCAACUUGAACAGAGUCUAAGCGACUGGACCAAGAAUAGCAGCAGCAGUGCCUCUAUUAACAACAACAUCACUAGUAAUAUCAUCAACAGCAAUUACGACAAUUACGAUAGCAACACGAACAGCAUCAAUGAUAAGAACAACAGUGUCAACGAACUUGAUUACGCCAACAUCAGCAUAAGUAGGAGCGACAUUGCUCGGGAUCGAAACGGCAGACGUCCUAGUUUAGUAAUGGCCGGAAUCGAAGAUUUAACGGAAACCAUAAACAGAACAGCUGAAGACCUUUUCAAGUCAAUACAAACCCUGAAUGCAUCAAAUAAAAAUGAUUCAAGUGAGAUGAUACACGAACGGUCGCCGUCUGUUGUAUCCACAAUAGAAAACGAGUUUGUCCCCAAUGGGAUAUCGGCUAGAAGAUACGAUGACACAUUAAACCGGGAGUCAUCAUUAAAAGGAAGUGCAAGAAAAGAAAAAUACAAGUCAUCUAAAAUUAUGAGUAUUUUAUCCGAUGACUCCCCGUACUGUUCGAUUGUCCUUUCGCCACCCGAAGACGCCGAAGAACAGGCGGGUGUGAUCGUCGUCGAUGAAAACAACGAAAAUACGGAUAUCCAGUCAAAUCGCUUAUCGGCAGAGUCGAAACAAACACCAAGACGUGAACUAACUUCAUCGGCUAUAAAACGACACCAAUUUUCAAGGUCAGCUGCUUCAUUAGAGGUCCCGACUGUCAGUUUUUCUUCGAAAACAAAUGGAACCAAAAAAGUCAGAGGGGAACUUAAGCAAUCGGUUUCAGAAGAUAGCGCCGUCAGAAAAAUAAACCCACGCCAAUUAAGUUUCAGUGAUAACCAAAGUUGGGAUUCGAAAAAUAGUAUUCCAACCAGUGAACAAAAUAGCACUUUAGUUCAAAAGACGAUGUCGCAAAAGGGAUCAGUUUCAAAAAAAGCAUGUUUUUCUACCAGUUCGCGCGCUAACUCCGGAAGCAGUAGUUUGAGCAGCGCCUGUGAAGAAGUGAAGCAAAUUAUGUCAAACUCUGGCCGUUAUAAAACCUCACCGUCUAAAACUCCAAAACUAAAUGGAAAUUCACGAGAAACCCAAGGUGCAAAAUCUGCCGACCAAAUUGAUUUUGACCUUUUUCCUCGUCAGCUCAGAAGCUCGGAAAGUUUGGGGUCAAGAGACAAACUUCGUCGGCAACAAAAUUUAAGCCAAUCGUUUGACGGCAUGUCGCCAUCUCCGCCGCCUCGGGUUUUAUCCGAAUGCUCGACACCCGAGACUUCGCUACUCGACUGCAGUCCCGGAAUAAAUCCAGCUGACAAUUCGUGCCACUCGCAUUGCAUAGUUGGUUUUGCAAACCGAUUAGCGGGACAGCACGACAACUUGCAACACAGAGUCCGAACAAUCAAAGAGCAGACGUCUUUUUAUGUGUGCAACCCACGAUUUUCGCCUAACACUUUUUGGAGCGAAGACGAACAGCUCAGAAGAAUACGAAGGAAGGUGCUGCGUCUUGAAAACAGUCUAGCAUAUUUCAGCAUAGGUAAAGAACACGCCGCCACCUGCAAGCAGCACUCAGCCGAUCAAACGAAACUGUCAAGCAAAGUGUCUAAAUUGAGAGACAGAACAGAGGCUCUAAAAAGAGAGGUCGAGACGGAACUGAGACGUCACCAGGGUCUGUUCUCCUCCGCAACUGGCGAGACAUCCGCUGGCCCAACUCCGAUCGAUAUUACCAUGGAAAACUGGAAUGGACGGAGCGAUCAUCACUAUCAUCAAUAUCAUCAGGCUUCAAAUAAAUAUAGACUGGCAACGUCUGCGGGUUACUACAGUGGCAGUCGCAGUUCCAGAAGUGCAUCCUCGCGUGACCAGUUCCACCAGAUGAACAACGCCCUUACGAGGGCGCUCGUGUCACCUCAACGCAGGCGCAACAGUUUCACAUCUGUCUCUUCCCUCCAGCAUCGUGGCGGUGGAGGACCAGGUGCUCCUUCACACUUCAUACACACGACUCGGGGAACAUAUGACAGCAGAGUGGACGUUGCCUUUCCCUCCAGACUGCACCAGUGGCCCCCCACCAGAGGCGACUCUCUCCACAAGAAUGCAAUAUCACCCAACCAUGCUGAGAUGAAAAGAGAGAUGCAACAGAUGGUCGACUCUGCAUGUAGAAAGAUGCGAGACGAGCUGCGGGCGGAGAUGAAGUCCGAAAUUCGGAGUGUGAAGAAUGGAAACCAACUACAGAUUCAGGUCAGGGACAAUUUAAUUCAACUUCUGCUGGAAGAAAAUUUGUUGCUGAAUGGAUCGAAAUGUCAGCCAAACCAAGCAUCAUCUGCCUCGAACUACUCAUCCAGUGACAUCCUGAAAAAAUAUGGUGCUAACAUUACUUAUGUCUAACAUAACUGUUAUCCUGCUCCAAUCAAACUAUAGCUUAAUCAUUUUAGUUGAUAGAAAAUAUGGAAAACAUCUUUUGUUUGGCGCAAACCAGUUCGCACAGCAAA